CAAGUGUCGAAAACAGAUGCAACGUCACCAGUUACAAGACCACAAUGGCUGUUACACACCAUUGACACACCAUUGGCAAAAAGCAAGACGGUUCACUAAGUGAGGUUCGAGCAAGCUCCACCCUACCUACUGUAAACGUCAUAGCCGCAUUUCAGCACCCAACCAACAUAGUACUCUCCAAAUCACACUUGCCACAAUCCUAACCAACAUCUCGCAACCACUUUCCCUCCGUUUUCCAGACCAUUCCAUCUAACCCUGAUCCUAAUUCCUAGAAGCUAGGUGGGCAAGUAAAAUCACAAACAGUGUGUCAAAAUGGGCCGCACAGAGAAAUCCCAGGGUCUAGCGCCACCUGCAAUUCGCAAAGAUAUCCGAGCCAAACAGGCGCGCAACAUCAUCAACAAAGUGGUGCCUGCGCUUCUGGCAUCGAAUGCAAGAGCAAGGCGGGGUGUAGAUAGCAGCGAGUUGAUCGCUGAUCCGGGCCCCAGUGGAGCAUCAGGACGACAAGGGCCCAGCAGUGCCCGUCCAGAAGGCGAUGAAAGCGCAGUAUACGUAAAGCGAAAAGGCCAAGGGCGCCGAAAAGCCAAAGGCAGCGAAGGAAAAAGAGACGGAACCAAACCCUCAUCAAAAGGCAAAAACCGCAAACGCAAUGAUUCCCUCGACGAAGGCCUCUCAAAUCUCACUCUCCAACCCAUUCCCCCGUCUCCCCCUCCAAAAUCCCGCACCAUCCGCAUAAUAACAACCGACACCCUAACAGCCGCACAACUCCUUUCUCAUCCUACCUCUAAACCUUCUACCAAAAAAACCUCAAACACAUGCAUCCUAAACAUGGCAUCCCCCCUCCGUCCCGGCGGCGGCGUCUACCUAGGCGCAACCUCGCAAGAAGAAUUCCUCUGCGCACGCACCACGCUACUCCCCUCCCUCAAAGAGCAAUACUACCGACUCCCCGAAUAUGGCGGCAUCUACACCCCCGAUGUCCUCGUAUUCCGGAACCCCCGUCCGCUGGGUGAUAGCCACGGCGAGUUAGCGCCCACGGAGCGCUGGUACGUUGGUGUUAUCUCGGCAGGUAUGCUGCGUUUUCCUGAGUUAGAGGGGGAGGAAGAUGAGGAGAAGAGGCUGGGGAGGAAGGAUCGAGAGGUUGUAGAGAGGAAGAUUAGAGGGGUAUUGAGGAUUGCGGAGCUGAAGGGGGUGAGUAGGUUAGUGCUGGGGGCGUGGGGAUGCGGGGCGUAUGGCAAUCCUGUGAGGGAUGUUGCGGGGGCGUUUCGGAGGGUGUUGGAUGGGGGCGUGGCGGGGGGUAAGAAGAAGAAUAGAGACGGGGGUGGGAGCGUGGAGACGUGGUCUGGAAUUGAAGAAGUGGUUUUUGCGAUUGCAAAUCGGAAGAUGGCUGUGGAUUUCGCGGGUGCGUUUGGUGGGGGAGUUGAAGUGGAAGACGGGCCUGGGACUGGGGAUGGGGAGGAGGAGGAUGAAGAGGAAGAUGCGGUUGCGGAAGAGUUGAGGAAAAAGAUUCAGGAGAUGGAGGGUCAGAUUAGUCUGGUUUGGAAUGCUGAUCUCAAGGCGAGGAUGACGGUUAUUCUCGAUGGAUUGAAAGCACAGCUGAGAGAACGAGAAGGUACUCCUGAGACGAGCAUGGCUGAUGAUGCAGAAGACAGCGAAGUAGAGCAAGACGGAUAUAAAGAUGAGGACAGUGAAGAAGAAUAG